AUGGAUCCUAAUGAGAUCAAGCCUGAUGAUAGCUCGAGGGAACCCAAUUUGGAGAACGUUGAUCAUUCCAUGAUCGGACAACCCACGUUGGUCAGAUGGUAUAUCGAUGUGCGAACUUGGGACGAAAAAUCGACCAAUCUACCAUUGAUCGAGACCUUAACUCCGUCUGAUCAGACAGCCAUCAAGAAGUACUAUCAAACUGCGGAUAAGCGCAUGUCUUUGGCUUCCCAGCUGUUGAAAUAUUACUAUAUCCACCAAGUCACUGGUGUUCCAUGGAAUAAGAUCGAGGUUCAGCGUACUCCCAUACCUGAAAAUCGCCCGUUUUAUGACUCUACUCUUGAGUUCAACGUCAGUCACCAGGCUGGUAUCACUGUGUUGACAGGCACACGUGCGGUAAAGGCCGACCCUUCCACAGGUGAACCACGAACCUCGCCUCGCGUGGGCAUUGACGUUGCCUGUGUCGAUGAGCCUGCUCGUCGGCGUGCUGAUCGUCCCCCCAAAACACUCGCCGGCCUCGCAACUUUUGUCGAUGUCUUCACUGACGUCCUCUCCUUCCGUGAACUUACAACCAUCAAGAACCCCAGCACGACUCUUCAAUUAGCUCGCAAGCUUGGUCUGAGUAAUAGUGAACCGAGCAAAGACAAUGAAGAGUUCCUCGCUGCCUACGGUGUCCGGUUGUUCUACUCAAUCUGGGCUCUCAAAGAAGCUUACUUGAAAAUGACUGGAGAUGGCCUUCUAGCCACUUGGAUAAAGGAUUUAGAAUUUACUAACGUCGUCCCUCCCGAACCCGUCGAAGGGCUCGCAAAUGCCCAUCAUCCUACCUCGACAAUUGCGUCGUCCGUCCAAAAAUGGGGCCCGCCCUACAGUGAUGUCAAUAUCUCCUUGAACGGCAUUCCCGUCAAUUCUGCACGCGUCCAACUUGUUGGUUUCGAGCGGGACUACAUCGUCGCUACAGCUGCCUCCGGUCCCAAUAUCAGUACGGUUUCCCGGAAGAUUAUGAAUGACAGCAAUCACCAUCUACCUGGGUACAUCACUAUCCUCGACCCUCAACACGAAGCUCAGCAAGUCCGCAUUGCCCCCAUUGCAAUCCGUGAAAUCGGCGAACGGGAUCCUUGGCGUGUACAUUCGGCGAUUUCCGACCCCUGGCUGCCCAUUCAGGAGGUUGAUAUCGAUCUCGAUAUCCGGCCUUGUGCCGAAGGCCGCUGCCUGCACUCAUCUGACCCCCAUCCUAGCUCCAGCAGCCAGUCCAACUUUUCGACUUCCCCACUUCCGGACUUGAACCUCUAG